GGCGGACGUCAUGCCGGGAUUGGCGCUUGGGCUUUUCGCGACGCGACGUCGAACAUUGCUGCGCCUAUCCCCACGCGUCCCUACCUUACUCUGCUCUCAGCCCACCACCCCGUGCUCGACCAGUGGCCUCCUCCACCCCGGACCACCCGCCUUUCCGCGUCUAUUUUCUCAGCACAAAUAUUGUGUUAGCAUUCAUUCCACGGAAUCUGCCUGCUAUGGCCACGGCUCCGCAGUAAGCUCGCCUGAACCCGACGCGUCCUCGAACGCGUCUCAAUCAGCAGAACCACGACUGGACAACCGGCCUGCGACGGCCUCGACGUACACGCAUACGGCAGCUACCUCUCGGACCUCCUCGGCUUCGCGUACCCACCGCCACCAUGCAUCUCCCUCGGAACCUAAUCUCCCAUCUUUACACCCACCUCCUCCACACGACGCACCCGCUCUCUCCGCCCGUCCUCCUGCUCGUUUCCCUCGAGCCCGAUGCCUUAUGCGCCUGCCGGAUCCUGACCGCUCUCUUGAAACGCGACUACAUCCCCCACAAGAUCCAGCCAAUUGCCGGCUACAAUGACCUCGCACGCGCUGGACAGGACCUGGUACGCCCCAUGCGCACCACCGAUGGCGGCAGCGGCGGAGUUGUGGUGUGCUUGGGUGUUGGAGGAUUGGUCGAUUUGGAGGACUUGCUGGGGCUAGAGGAGGAAGGGGGCGCGAACUACGGCGGGGUUGAAAUUUGGGUCAUGGAUGCCAGGAGGCCAUGGAACUUGAGCAACAUAUUCGGCGGACACGGAAAUGGAGGAACCGAGGACACCGAAUUACCAACAAAACCGUCAGGGGUUGAGCGCGGGAGGUUAUUACGCUCGUACAAGCCCGGAAAAGGCGGUAUCGUGGUGUUUGACGACGGCGAUAUUGAGGAAGAGCUGGAGGGCGAGAGAGAAGCGUAUUGUGCUCUUGAGCAGAUGCCCGAAGUGGAUGAAGGCGACGAUGACGAUGACGAUGAAGAAAGUGACGAAGAACAAGAAUAUGACGACGCAAAUCAAGCACCCACCUCGGGUCAGGGUGGAAGGAAAAGAAAAGCGUGGGGAGACGAAGAGGAUGAAGACAGUGACGAGGACGAACGCCCUGCACAAAGGCGAAGGGGCAAUGCAUCCUCUUCAAUACCAUCGUCUCCUUCGCGACCACCCCGGCGGGGUCUUCUUACCACGAACUCGUCAGAUUUCUCACACUCCGACUCAAUAAGCCGUUCUCCGUCACCUGCACAUGCCCAAGUCUCAAAACAGCCUUCUGCUCGUACCCUUCGCCGUCGACUCAUCAAACUUCGUGCACAACAUAAUCGCGUUCUGGACAGCUACUACUCGCUAGGAACGUCCUACUCAGAACCCGUAUCUUCGAUCAUGUACAGCCUUGCAUCCGAACUCGGCCGCGAAGACAACGAUCUCCUCUGGCAAGCCAUCGUGGGUGUUAGCAGCCUUGAGCUCUACGGCCGCACCCCUACCGGCCUGGGUUUCUCGGCAAAUACUAUAAAACAAGGAUGGAACGGCUCUCGCGGUGACCGAAUUCGCGCCGUCCUCCGCGAUGAAGUACGACGUCUCAACCCUACAGACUUGAAAGAUUUGGCGCGAGAAUCCAAUUUGGGAGAGUCGGGAGGCGUUAUACCCACUCAUGCACGAUCACCAACAGACAAUGCUAUCAGACUCUCCCCGGAGCCCCGUUUCCUUCUCAUUCGUCACUGGAGUUUAUACGACAGCAUGCUGCACAGCCCUUACCUAUCCGCCAAACUGCACAUCUGGAGCGACGCCGGCCGAAGGCGAUUGCACAAGCUGUUAGCCAAGAUGGGCGUCAGCCUCACGCAAUGCAAGCAGAGCUACACACACAUGGACAUGGAGCUCAAGCGGGGGCUGCGGGAGCGCCUCCUCAAAUUCGCACCAGUAUACGGGCUGGACGGGCUAGUACCGGAAGCAGCCGAACGGGGCGCAGGCAAAGAAGGCUGGGGCUUCGUGCGGUGCUGGGGCUGGAAAGCGUGUCUCUCAGCGAUCGACGUAGGGGUCAUCCUCGGCGCGAUCCUCGAAGUCGGCUCCAGCGUGCACGCAGCCCCCGCGCUGCCACCAACGCCGCAAUCGCUCGACAGCAAUGGCGACGUGGUCAAGCAGGCGGCGUUUGACGACGAGGCGGCCCAGGACGCCAUCACCAGCCGCUUCUGGAGCGCCUACGACGCGCUGUGCUCGCCCGCGCUACUCACGCAGCAUAUCCCCAUCGCGCAGCACCUGCACCGCGCGAUUCUGCGCACCGGCACCGCCCUCAUCGCAAAACACCAGAUCCGGCACCUGCGGGCGUUCCGCAUGGCGGUGGUGAAGGAGGGCCCCGACGCAGCGCUGUUCACGCACGCGGGCGCGCUUGUCAAGCUCGCACUGUGGGUCGCGGAAGCGGUGGCCGAGAUGGAAGGCAAGAAAGGCAAAGGCGGCGCGGGCAACGAGCUCGUGAUGGCGGGCCUGGACGAGGCGAGAGGAGUGUACGUGGUUGUUGGGCUCGGGGGCGGCGGCACAACGGUGCAGAGCAAAGAGAAAGAAAAACGGCGAGCCGAGAAGCGGAAGCGGCGCGAUGAGAAGCGCGAGACUCGGCGGCGCGAGAAGGCGGCUGAGAAACAGCGCGAGCUGGAACGGCGGCUGGCAAAUGGAGAGGAGGACGCGAUGGACGAGGAUGAUGAUGACGACGACGACGACGACGACGACGAGCUGGAGACGGAGGAUGAGGAUAGCGAGGACAGUGAGAGCGAGGACGAGGAUGCCGCUGCUGGUGGCAGGGGCAAGGCCAGGCGGCUGGGUCGCAAUCGCUUCGGCAUCGCGUUUCAGGAGGUUAUUGAGGAGACGGGGGCGCGGGUCAAGGUGGACAGUUUCGAGCAUUGCGUCGUCGAGGUGCGGAAGGAGGACUUGAGCGGGUUCUUGGAGCAGCUGAGCUUGAAGGCUAUUGUGGGGUAGAGGGGUGGUUGUGGUAGUGGCAAGUGGGCAUGGUGGCGGGUGAGAGUGGACAGGGGAAUGGUGUUUGUUCGAUGGCCUUGUGCUGUGUCUUGCUAGGUCGUCUUUACGUAUUGGCGGGAGUUGGUGGGCGGGCUCUGUGGUUUUUUCCUUUAGGUGCAUUCGUAUGUGGGUUGCUAGUAGUAGUGCUCGCAUCAGUUGCAAUGCAUAUGCAUGCACGCAUGUAUGGAGUUUUGCU